CCCACAACCAUUAACAUCUUUAGCAACAGCACUCGUGCAACCACCCACCACCCCUCUUCCGGCUGUGCGCAGCCAUGGUCGACAAAGCCAAACUCCUUGCCGACCUCACUCCGGAAGAGACGGCGUGGUACAACACGAUCGCGCCUCUCCAGCGGCGCAAGCUCCUCCGCGUGUUCGAACUUCGCCGCGACCCACUCAACGAGGAGGUCGACCCCGCCGACGCCUGCACCGAAUGCAAGGCGUACAAGUACCCCUGCUUCAAGCGCAUCCAGCCUCAUAACGGCAGGAAGAAGAGCUGCGUAACGUGCGGCAACAAGGCGUGCUCGUUUAGUAACGGGCCGUCGGAGCGCGCACCUGCUGGACGCGCUGGUGCGGCCUACGGCAUCGAAUCUGACGAGUCGGACGAGCUCGUGGACGAACUGGACGAGGUCGAUGAGCUCGACGAGAUCGAGUCAGAGGACGACGGCGGCGAGUACAAGCCGGCAAUCAGCAGCCAGCAGCGCGCCCGCAAGCCGACAACGCCAGUGACAGUGCCUGCGCCAGUGACAGCUACACUGCCAGCGACCACACCAGUACCAAUAUCAGCGCCAGUUCCAAAACCUCCACCCAGGACCAAGACGCCGCCACCCAGGCGCGAGCCGGCAGAGAUCGACCCCGACCCAGAGGAGACGUUGCGCCUGCUCGAGUCGGCAGGCCGCGGGGGGUUCGGCAAAACGGGCAUGGCGUCCACGGCGGCCAACAUCCGCUGGGAAAAGCACCGCCGUGAGAAGGCCGAGCGCGCCGAGAAGAUGGCAAAGGGCGCCGGGACGACCAAGGGCGUGAACAAGGCCAAGGCGGCCAAGGCCCAGCAACAGCAGCAGCUCGCGGCGGCGCCGGCGGUGGUAGCGCAGAGUGCACCAGCACCGGCACCGAUACCGUCGCACACUCCGGCAGCACCAAGACUAGACCUCGCUACGGCUUCAAGACCAAUCCCCCAGGCUCCGGCGCACCCACCACGGGCCCCCGCACCGACAGCCCUCCAACAGACCUUGCCAUUCAGGCCGGUCCCGCAAGAUUCGGCAUUAAGAUCAAUCCCACACAACUCGGCACUGACGCCAAUCCCCCACACCCCAGCGCCACCACCUCAAGCGACGGCGACGCCCUCCGGUUCAACGAGUCCGAUCCAGGCUGGCGUUCCUCAGUACGAACCCUAUAACUUCGCAACGGACGCAAACACCCUCACCAGUGGCAACGGCGAACCAUCACGCAAACGCAAGGCGGACGAAGUGGAGCGCAGUCCAUCCGAACCUGAAGCGCGCCAUUCGCUGCCUACGCCCGACUCACAGCGUGUUGCCUUGGCAGGCGAUGACUCUGUGGACGACAACAACACAACCGGUGACCUUAGUGCAGAUCGGCAGGCGUUAUUCGCAAACGAAUCGCUCAUUACAAAGAGGCGCAAGCGCGAGAGACAAUCGUGCGCCUAUCACCUCCUUGGCGUGAGAGAUCCCGAUGCGAGGUCAUGGCCGGCCCCAAACGAUGCUUACUACAACAUCCACCGGAGCUUGUUCGAGUCGGAGCCCAUUAGCAAGUGGCAGGUAUCGUCGCCCUUCGACCCUCCGGCCUCCCUCGAUGCUCCGUCCGAUGCCGGUUAUGACGACGAGUCUGAUGCAAGCUCAGUUGCGUCUGGCUCGUCUGUCAUCGUCGAUAUUCUCCGCCCGUCAGAGCUGGACCGCGUGCCGUUCCUCAGCCGGCUUGUCACACUCGAGCAAGCUGUCACCAAGCUUGUCUCAAAGGUCGCCAAGCUGCGUCCAGAGCUGUUUGCCGGCGCGUCCGAGGAGGAGAAGUACCUUCCGUCGUACAUGUACAAGUGGGUUACAGCUGUUUUGAUUGUGUUCUAACGCACAGGCCUGGACACGAGUGUACUCGCUGCAUCAGCGAUGAGAUCCCUUGCGUCGUAUUCAACGUUCCCGCGCCACCGAUCCAGCAACGAAAGCGACCACCACCGCUACCCACAAUGCUCCCCCUGCCACCAUGCCUCGGCUGCCUGAUGAGCGACGACCCCUGCGAGGCGUGCGUCUACCGCCUCCAGUUCCCUGGCCAGACGAUCCUCACAAAGCUCCACGCGAUCGCGUGGCCCACCAGAGUAGAGCGUAACGACGCUGUCGACGAUUCGCAAAUUUGGUAUAAUCCGGCCGAUGCCGUGGCCGACGAUGAGGACGAGGUCGGCGACGAGGCCUAGAGAAGAAAUUGUUGCAUAUAUUAUCAUCAUUGUUGUAGCCAUAAC